AUGCAAGCAAACAAUCAAGUACCAACAUUCAAGCUUCUCCUCGUUGGAGAUGGUGGAACCGGAAAGACAACAUUUGUUAAGAGACAUUUGACUGGUGAAUUUGAAAAACGUUACAUUGCAACUGUUGGAGUUGAAGUUCGUCCAUUAAGAUUCAACACAACAAGAGGACCAAUUUGUUUUGAGGUUUGGGAUACUGCUGGUCAAGAAAAAUUUGGUGGAUUGAGAGAUGGUUAUUAUAUUGGAGGAAAGUGUGCAAUCAUCAUGUUUGAUGUAACCUCAGUAGCCACCUAUAAAAAUGUUCCAACAUGGCAUCGUGACAUUGUCAGAGUGUGUGAAAACAUUCCAAUUGUCUUGUGUGGAAAUAAGGUUGAUGUUCAAGAUAGAAAGGUUAAACCAAAAUCAAUCAAAUAUCACAGAACUAAACAAUUGCAAUAUUAUGAUAUCUCAGCAAAGAGCAAUUACAAUUAUGAGAAACCAUUCUUGUGGUUGGCAAGACAAAUUGUUGGUGAUCCAAAGUUGAGUUUAGUUGAAGAAAUUCCAAUUUGUCCAGUUGAUAUUGUAAUUGAUUUGGAAAUGAUUAAGAAAUAUGAAGAAGAAUUGGCAAAAUAUAGUGCAAUUGCACUUCCAGAUGAUGAUGAAGAUUUGUAA